AUGGACAACGGUGAGAUGUACCACCAGCACUCGGACUUGCAGUUUCAAGGAGGUUGCUCUCUCAUGCACGAGAUGCUGAAACCAAAGCGUGGAGAGUUCAUUCUCGAUCUCGGCUGCGGUACAGGACGACUGACUAUGCAGUUGGCAUCUCUCGUUGGUGACUCUGGGCGUGUGGUCGGUGUUGAUCCUGAUCCGUGCAGAAUUGCUAUAGCAAAGGAGCAGCUAACAAUUGAUGUGCCAGUAGCGUUUGAGUUAGGUAGCAUUCAUGAAGCACUAUCCUUCGGUCCAUUUGAUGGAAUAUUUAGCAAUUACGUGUUUCAUUGGUUUAGACGAACUGAACGUCCUGGCAUAUUAAAUGACAUUUACAACAGUCUAAAACCGGGAGGUCGUCUUGCUUAUCUUCUGAUUCCUACACAAAAUCACCCAAACUUUCUCGAGCGAGACAUCUUCUCUCGAGCCAUGCCAGACAGAGAUCUAGAGCGAGCAAUGGGGGUAACAUUUGAUUCAAUAGAGACUUGGUUGGAUAUUUGCACUGGUGUUGGGUUCAUCGUUGAUUCAUACAAAAUAACUGAAGUUAGAGAAAAGAGAGCAAGCAUGCAAGCGCAGCUUCAAUUUUUUGAAGCAGUUGUGAAAAGUUUCAGAGCAGAUAUGCUAAACGAGAAAGACAUAGAAGAGCUGAAAGCUCUUUACGGGACGGGAAACGGAGACGAAACCAUACAUGAAAUUACAGUCAUGGAAUGUUUGGCAACAAAAACAUGA